AUGACGCAACCCCACGAGUUCGCCCCCGGCGCUUACUACUUCUGGCUCAACCCCCUCGACUUCCUGAUGGCGGGCUGGCUGUGCCGAGGUGUUGCUGACGUCCCCGAUGACAUCGUCAAGUCGCGGGUGCUCAAGCGCCUCACCCCCGGCCAGUGCUUCACCGUCUUCAACCAGUGGAAUGCUUCACCGUCUUCAACCAGUGGAAAGCUACCCCCGGCUCCAACACUCCGAAGGACCACACGCGGGCCGGUGGUCCAGCGCGAGUGGAUGGGGAACUACUUCCACGCCGACGACGAGAGUGGAAGAUGCAACUUCUCCCCGCCUGCGAUCGCCAUCAUUCGGCGCAUCCCGCUCCCGGGCGACGCCAUCAUCGGGCAGGGUCCCAACACGGCGCCACUUCUUCCUCUCUAUUGGGCGUGCCACUCGCGCCCCGCUCACGUUCAGCUGCCACGUCAUCGCAUCCUGGAUCGACGGCCUCUACACCGUCGAUCAGCUCCUCCCCGACGAGGCGCGGUCCUACGUCGUCAUGUGUCUGCGCCGCGCGCCCACUUGCUUCGACGCGCCAGAAGAGCCCUGGGCGGAACGCGACCGCUCACCGGCGGCCAUCCGACCGGAGCGCGCGCAAGAAGGCGACCGCGAGCAGCCCCCUCGCCUGGCGGCUCAGCGUGCGGCGGCCGCCUCCAGGAAGUGGCUGUCGCCGAGGCCGUUCAGCCCCCUGCCCCGGCGCCUGCUCCGGCGAAACGGCCCCCGCCAAGGCGACCCUCGCGACAGUCGCGCCCCGGUCCCCAGCGUGGCGCACAAGCGGCGGCCGCGACUCCCCCUUCCACUGGCGUGGACUACAGCGCCAUCUUCAACACGGCGGCGCGCGGCGCGAGCGCCGCCGAUACCCUUCAGGCCGCCAUCCUCCGGUUGCUCAACUCCCUCGCCGAGCAGCCGUUCCCCAGUCCCGACCCGAUCUGGGGCACCCGGCGACAGCUCACUAACGAGCUGCUCGCGACCCCCGACCUCCAGCCCUCCAACCGGCGUGCCAGCAUGGGCAACAUCCCGGUCAUCGACAACCUCUGCCAGCUCAUCUCCGCCACGUCACGCGCAGACACCGGCCUCGCGCAGCACGUCUGCGCUUUUCUGCAGCGUUUCCUAGCCACCGGUGCGCGAGCAGGCCCUCCGGUGGGCGGCCAUCCACGUGCACCUGGCGGCCGGGGCCCUCCGCGUGACGACUAUGGCGCUGGCGGCCGCGGCCACAGCUCCCUUGCCGACCAGCGAGACAACGGCGGCGGCGGACGCGGCGGCGGCCGCGACAGACGCUCACCCCCUUCAGAUGACGGUGCUAAGCGAAUGCGCCUGGGCGACGGCGAGCAGGACGCCGAGGAACCCCACCGCGAGUCGCGCCAGCGGGCCCGCAAACGCGCUCCUUCGCCACCGGACCGGUCCGCGCGCUCGGUCCUUGUCGCCCUCUCCACCGUUGUCUGA